AGAGGAGGAGAGCAAACGCCCAGGCAGGAUGCAGCAGAGCCUGAACAGCGAGCUCAUCAUGCCCAAGGAACAGCUUUUUGAUAUGUUCCAGCAGAUCCUCAGCUUGAAGAAGUUUGAACAUCAGCUGCUCUUCAAUGCCAUGCAGCUGGACAGCCAGGAUGAACAAGCAGCAGCCAUCCGCCGAGAACUGGACGGCAGGAUGCAGAAAGUUGCGGAAUUAGAGAGGGAGUUAGAGGGUCUUAAGAGAGAUCCAGAAAAUCGCAAGUUGAUGCCCAAGUUUGUUGUGAAGGAGAUGGAGUCCUUGUACCUUGAAGAACUGAAGACCUCUAUCAACCUCCUGAUGGCCAACUAG